UUCUUCCCCUUAUAUCAUUUACUCCAAAUCCCAGAAUCUUCUAGAAAUAAUAAAAACCUAACCUUACGUUCUGCAACGGUGCUGUCGCCGUCUUUCACUCUCUUACGGUGUUGAAACCCUUUUGGAUUCAACGAUCUUAUCGCAUGACGGACCUGGUUUCUUGUUUGGUUACUGAGAAAAUUUUCGUUGCCUUUUAAGAGCGUUAUUAUUCUUUCGCUUACGUUUGAUGUAAAGGAACGCCAAAGUGAUCUGUCUCCCUCUCUCUAGAGAGUUCGGAUCUAGAAACGAACCGUAUGGCACCAUUGCCGGCCGAUCAACCCUGCGAAUCUCAUGCCAGCGGUGCUGUGGCUGACUCACAACGGUCUUUACCUACUCCGUUCCUUUCUAAAACCUAUCAGCUCGUCGAUAAUCCAUCCGUCGAUGAUUUGAUUUCAUGGAACGACGACGGAUCAACUUUCAUAGUUUGGCGCCCAGCUGAGUUUGCUCGUGAUUUGCUCCCUAAGUACUUCAAACAUAACAAUUUCUCUAGCUUCGUUCGUCAACUCAAUACAUAUGGAUUUAGGAAGGUAGUGCCUGAUAGAUGGGAGUUCGCUAACGAUUGUUUCAAAAGAGGUGAAAAAGGACUUCUCCGAGACAUACAGCGCCGGAAAAUAACUCAUAAUGCUUCUGGGAUGACCAUCGCGGCGGUUGCUUGUAAGCCAUCGCCGUCGAAUUCGAGCGAUGAGCAGGUUAUUUCAUCGAACUCGCCUCCUGUUGCUACCGUUUUGAAUCGGACCACGAGCUGCACGACAACGGCGGAGCUUUUGGAGGAAAACGAGAGGCUUAGAAAAGAAAACAUGCAGCUUAACCAUGAGUUAACUCAGUUGAAGAGGCUGUAUAACAAUAUUGUAAUUUUGAUGACUAAUUAUGCUUCCGGUCAAGUGGAGAACCGUUCAAACUUGGCUGAAGGGAAGGCAUUGGAUCUUUUGCCAGCGAGGACGAGGGACGGUGGUGGUUCGAAGCCUGUCCCAGCGGAGACGGAGGAGGAAGCAGCGGAGGAUUUGAGGCCGAAGUUGUUUGGAGUUUCAAUAGGGAUGAAGCGCGUGAGGAGAGAAGGUGAGGAAGAGGAAGGGGUGAUGGAUGAGGAGCAGCAGCAGGAGAUUAAGCCUGGAUCUGACAUUAAAUCAGAGCCGUUGGAUGGCAACAAUGAUAAUCAGGACUCCACGUGGCUGGGGCUUGGCAAAUGAUCGAAUGAGAUUUGUUGUUAUUAUUUAUUUGAUUUUCUUUUAAUCAGUGGAUGGCUAUGUUGAUGAUGAGAAUCGUAAAGGAACGCGCCAACGUGGUCCCUAUCGAGCAUGUUUCGAAGAAUCACGUGUUGGGGAAUCAGACACGUGGCGCCAUAUGAAAUACUUGUUCUGGAUGCUUCUAGAAUGUAAAGCCCACAGACGACAGAACAUGUAAAAUGGAGUAAACAUGGGCAAAAUUGCCCAAACGGAAUGGGGCAUUCGAAGACGGGCCUCCAUUUCAAAUCGCAGUAGUUGGCUAUUUAUUCAUCUUGUUAUUGUAUUACACAGGGUUAAAGCUGAUUGAAGAAAAUUAACAGUUGUUGCUUAGGAGCCUUACCAAUGAUGGGAUUUUUGGAUUAAACUACCUAUACUAAGAUUGUUUUAUUUA